AUGGGAUGCGUCUUAGGCCAACAUGAUGAGACUAGUAGAAAAGAACAUACAAUAUACUACUUAAGCAAGAAGUUCACUGAUUGUGAGAGUAGGUAUUUGAUGCUUGAAAAGACUUUAUGUGCACUAGCUUGGGAUGCCAAACGCUUAAGACAAUACAUGCUCACUCAUACAACACUAUUAAUCUCCAAGAUGGACCCUGUCAAAUACAUCUUUGAGAGGUCUGCUCUAAUCGGUAGAGUAACCCAUUGGCAAAUAGCUUUAACCGAGUACGACAUCCAACAUGUCACUCAAAAGGCCCUCAAAGGGAGUGUUCUAUCUGACUACCUUGCACAUCAGCCCUUGGAGAAUUACAAGUCUAUGAGCUUCCAGUUCCCCGAUAAAGACAUCACGCUCAUUAGAGAUUGCAACAUCCCUGGCCCCGAGGAAGGACCCGAGCCUGGAUCACGAUGGAUCUUGGUAUUUUAUGGAGCUUAUAACGCCCAUGUCAAGGUCAUUGGGGAAGUCAUCACCUCUCCAACUAAUUUCCACCCCCCUCCCCAUUCACCGCAAGGUUUUGUUUCGAAUAUACAAACAAUAUGGUACAAUACGAGGCUUGUAUCUUCGGCAUUGAAGCUGCAAUUGAUCUUAGGAUCAAAAUCCUUGAAGUCUACAGAUAUUCAACCUUGUUUAUUAGCAAAGUCAAAGGAGAUUGAGACACUAGAGAUCACAAGCUCAUCCUUUACAAGGAGCGUGUCCUGA